ACUUAGUAGCGGCUGGAAAUUUAAACGAGUAGAACAAACGAUCGGAAACAACAGCAAAAGCUGAGCUUUAAAAACGAAUUAUAAUUUUAAAUAAAAAAAAUUUUAAAUUAAGAAUGAAGUGUUAACCAAAGGAUAUCCAAUAAAAACCCUUUUAAAAUACAAAAGAGGCUUUUAAGUCUCUAAAGUCCUGAGAAAAAAGGACGAAAAUUAAGAUCAACUACUAAAAGCAAAGUUCUUUCACCAAAGAACUCAAUACAAAUCUAUAAACAUCACCAAGAAUAUUAAACAAAAGAUCUCAAAUAUAUAGAAAAAAAAAAACACACACACACGCACAAAAUGACCUUUAAACUAAAUGUCGAUGAAGUGCGUACAAAUCUGCAACGUUUCGGCUGGCCAGACUAUUUAGUGUUCAUACUCAUGCUGGCCAGUUGUGCCCUGAUUGGAAUAUAUUUCGCCUUAAAAAUGCGUAAAAAAUCACAGCAAAACACACAAUUAAGUAAUAAAGAUGCUGAAGAUGAUUAUCUAGUGGGUGGACGUAAAAUGACAAUAUUUCCCAUAACCAUGUCAUUGAUAUCAAGCUUUAUUUCCGGCAUUACUUUGCUAGGCACCCCUACCGAGGUGUAUUUGUAUGGCACCCAAUAUUUGUAUAUUAUUGGUUCCAUGAUAACUAUGGGCUUUCUUAUGCAUUAUUUGUAUUUGCCUGUGUAUCAUGAACUGAAAUUAAUAUCCACCUAUCAGUAUUUAGAGUCACGUUUCGAUAGAAAAGUUAGAUUAUUUGGUUCCAUACUAUUCAUAUGCGGCACGAUGCUGUGGCUGCCCAUUGUGAUUUAUGUGCCAGCUUUGGCUUUUAAUCAAGCCACGGGCGCAAAUAUACAUUUUGUCACUCCCAUGGUGUGUUUAGUGUGUAUAUUUUAUACCUGUGUGGGCGGCUUAAAAGCUGUAGUUUGGACUGAUGUCAUACAAACCUUAAUCAUGUGUGGUGCCAUGGUUUUGAUCAUGAUUAAGGGUACCAUAGAUAUAGGCGGUCCAGGAGUGGUAUUUCAAAAGGCUUUGGAAAGUGGUAGAUUGGAGGCGCCUAACUUUACGUUUGAUAUCACCGAACGUUAUACGGUUUAUUCUUUGGUUAUUGGUGGUGUUCCUCAUUGGCUUAAAUCGAAUGCCAUUAAUCAGAAUAUGAUUCAGCGUUACUUGUCUUUGCCGACUUUGAAAAAAGCUCAAAGCGCCAUCUGGUAUUUCAUAUUAGGUGUUUUAAUCUUUUUGGUUAUUUGUGGUUAUAGUGGUUUACUUAUCUAUGCCACUUACUCGGAUUGUGAUCCUUUGGAAACCAAGCUGGCCAAACGCAAUGAUCAAUUGUUGCCUCUAUUGGUCAUGGAAACUUUGGGAGAUUUACCCGGCCUACCCGGUCUCUUUGUGGCCGGUGUUUUCUCAGCUGCCUUAUCCUCCCUCUCCACUGGUCUCAACUCCAUGUCUGCUGUCAUUCUAGAAGAUUUUUUCAAAAUGUUUUCACGCAAACCUUUAACCAAAAGACAAACCUCAUAUAUUAUGCGUAUAGUGGUGGUAGUAUUUGGUUUCCUCUGUGUUGGACUGGUAUUUGUGGUGGAGCAAUUGGGCACAGUGUUGCAGUUAAGUAUAACACUGUCAUCGGUGGCCAAUGGUCCUCUGUUGGGUAUAUUUACCUUAGGUGUAAUGAUACCCUGGGUGGGAGAGAUUGGCGCCUUAGUAGGCGGCUGCACGGGUCUCAUAUUCAUGGCCUGGAUGUGUAUUAAAGCUCAAUUGGAUAAAAUCAGUGGCGCAGUGGUUUAUGUGCGUAAACCUUUUACCACAUUGGGUUGUAAUUAUACUUUCCCGGAUAUGGCCGCCUUAAAUUUGGUGGCGGAAAAUGUUACUGAAACUCUAGAAGAGGCCAGUGAUGCCCCCUUCAAAAUCUAUAACAUUUCCUAUCUCUACUAUACCAUGGUGGGUGCUGUUAUCACCAUUGUUGUGGCUUCAAUUGUGAGCUUUUGUUUGGGUUUCAAUAGUGUUAAUCGUGUGGAUCCUAAGCUUUUGUCACCUUUUGUGAGACGCUGGCUGGAGCGUCGUAAAUUGCAAAAAUCAGUGGUACCCACUUCUACUAAUCCCAAACUGACGAAUGGCAAUUUCCAAACGAUGCAAGAAACAAAAACGUAAUUUUGUUUUAUUGUUUAUAAAGUAUUUUAGUUAAUUUAGUUUUAAUUGUUUUUUGUAAUAUGUAUUCGAGUUCCUUUUUUUUGGUGAGAAAAAAAAUGUAUUUAAUAAGAGAAUAAAAGAAGAGAAACUUUGAAAUAAACUAUGUUAGUUUAAAGUUAAUUAGUUUAAGAUUUAAUAAAUAUUUAAGCAAAUAAAUAUAAUAAAUAUUUGUAUGUUUACUAGAAAGCUUGAGAAUGUAAGCUUUCAAAGCUUUU